AUGGCUUCAAAAAAUAAAGACAACAGCGUCGCUAUCAUAGGUGCUGGUCUUUAUGGCCUAGUAACUGCAAAAACCUUCCUCUGCGACUCGUCUAACUUCUUCUCAUCCAUCACGGUCUUUGAAAAGGACUCCGGCAUUGGAGGAGUAUGGUCAGAAAACCGGAUCUAUCCAGGCCUAGCAAGCAAUUCCCCCGCCCUCACCUACGAAAUUCCUGGAUUUCCGUACCCUGAACACCUCCGCAAGAUCGGUGGGCAUGUAAAGGCAGCAGACAUUAACGCCUAUCUUCGCGCCUUUGCGAAGAGUUACGAUUUAACUCGGCAUAUCUCAUUCAACUCUCAUGUUACAGACAUAACCUGGAUCGAAACUGAUCAAAAAUGGAGGGUAAAAGGAAAGAACUUCAAUGGGGAGUUUGAAAGAGCCUUUAGGUUUUUGGUGGUGUGUAAUGGGAUGUACCACGAGAAGAACAUUCCCGCCAUCGCCCGUCAAGCCCGAGGCGAAUCCCUCCCAAAGGUGUUCCAUUCCGCAGAUGUCGGAGAUCCAAAAAUACAGAAAAUCCUCUCAGACUCGAGUCACACGUUAGUGGUAGGAGCAGGGAAAUCCGCAAUCGACCUCGCAACCAUGAUUGCCAGCGGAGCGUGGUCUCCAAACACUGUUAGCCCGCAAGUCACUCUCAUAUACAAAAGGCCUCAUUGGCUAUCACCGCGACGUAUGCUGAGAGGAACGAUAUGUUUCGAACAGCUCCUUUUCAGCCGAUUUGUCAACGCCUGGCUGCCUUUUGCGCCUCAUCCCGAUGCCGUGCACAAAUGGAUUGCGGAGAGUGUUCUAGGGAAAUGGAUGACGGAUAUGAUAUUCAGAUUCCUCUCCGAUGACUUUCCGAAGUGUUGUCACCAACAAGAUCUCCUUGAGACUAUCCCAGAUCACCCGAUGAGAGAAUCGCUUUCUGGAGCCUUGCAUGUGGUACCAGACGGCUACAUCGAAAGCAUCCGGGACAACAAAAUCCGCGUAGUUCUAGGCAGCGUACAAUCAAUCUCUGAUGCAGGCGUUCAAAUCUGCACCCUCAAGGGUGAAGUAGAGUCUCUCAAAGUCGAUAGCAUACUCUUCGCGACCGGUUACAAGAUUCCUUAUCGCAAUAUUGCAUUCAAUGGUUUCGCAUACAGCCUGUUGAAUCCGACAGUCAGCUUUGUAUGUGCGCACUGGAUUGCGGAGUACUUUCAAGGCCUCAUUAUUCUGCCUGAUGCAGAGAGUAUUGAACGAGGUAAGAUUUAA